CUCAACGUCACCUCUUCCUUUUGGAGCCAAAGAACUGGCCCUACGUGGUCUUAUAUUCCCCAAUGCCUACAGUGCUGAUCACAGGCGCCGCCUCCGGCCUCGGCCUCGCAUUCCUACAACACUACCUCUCCCUCCCAACCCCUCCCACCAUAAUAGCAGUAGACCGCCACGAACUUGCUCCGGUAAACAGGGCCCAUUAUACAAAACACAUCCUCAACGUCUCUUCGGAGCAGUCCCUGCAAGACCUUGCAAAAGAAUUGAAGCACACACCAAUCGACCUCGUCAUCCACAGCGCCGGCAUCCGCGGCCUCGUGCCCUCCGCCGUCGCCGCACACCCCGGCGACGCACCAGCCACCGAGUCGCUAGAAGCCAUGGAUGUCGCGACCAUGCUGCGGACGUUUGAGAGUAACGCGCUGGGCACGUUUCUGGUGAUCCGGACCCUCCUACCCAACCUCCGGCUCGCCGCAGCACCGCGCGUCGUUGUGAUGAGCUCCCGCAUGGGCUCGUUGUCGUACAACACGACUGGCGGCGGGUAUGCGUACAGGGCGUCGAAAGCGGCGCUGAAUGCGGUGGUGAAGAGCUUUAGUGUUGAUGUGCCGGAGAUACAUUUUCUGUUAGUGCAUCCAGGGCGGGUGGAGACGAGGUUGGUGGAGUGGAAGGAGGAGGGGGCGAUUAGUGCGGAGGAGAGUGUGGGGGAUAUGGUGAAGUUGCUUGAGAAGGGAAACGAGGUGGAGAGUGGGAGGUUUGUGGAUCGGUGGGGGGUGGAUAUCGGGUGGUGAGAGCUGUGAUUUUGAUGGAUGAAAGGUGCUUAGAGGCGCACAUUUGAUUGUGGAGGGAGAUACUUAGAGCGACUAGACGAUUGCAUCGCGAGAUGGGUUAAGUGUAUCCGGUGUAGUGAGACGAACAUAGGAGAACGAACGAAAUCCAAACAACCCAUAUCAAACGCCAGC